AUGGCUCUUAGUGCCAGACACUCAUGGCUAGCGCUGCUAUCGUUCGCUUUCAUAGUGUUGUCUUUGGGCUACACGUACGUUAUUUUGAUAACGCCAGAAGCAAAAUUACCGUCGAUUGCCACGGAAAGAACCCUUAAUGGCAGUGAAAAAGAACGUUGGAUCUUUGUGGGUGAUGUGCAUGGCAUGUACGAUGAGUUUGAAGAUUUGAUGUCACUUGUGGAUGCCACAAGACCCGGUACCAACGUGGUGCUGCUGGGAGACUUUAUAGCGAAAGGUCCGCAAUCGCACAAAAUGGUGCAAUAUCUCGAAGAAAACUCCGAGAGAACGCAUUGCAUAUUGGGGAACCACGAGAUUAAUGUGAUGUUUGCGUAUCUGAACAAACGGGACUUGAAAAGACGGUUAUCCCGCAAGCAUCCUAAUUGGGAUCCGCUGGUCUUCGAUACGGAAGAUUACGUCCCGCCACACGAUCAGGUCAAUAACCAGCAUAAGGUUUUGGCACAGCGAUUGGGCAACGCAAAGCUUGCGUCUAUAGCGUCUCUGUGCUCUGCUGAGCUCCAGAUCCAUUUGGAGCCUUCCCAGGAGACGCUCAUCGCGGUUCACGCAGGACUGGCACCAGACUUUGAGAAUAAAAGGCCAAGUAUCCGGGACAUUACCACAAUGAAAUACAUGCUUCCCAAGGACCAUUCGAAAACUUCCAAAUACAAGUUUGCCAAGUCACGUCGCUGGUACAAGUUAUGGACUGCAGAAAGCGCGCCAGAAAACGUAACCGUGCUUUACGGCCAUGACGCCAGUAAGGGUCUCAAUCUCAGAAAACAAACUAAGGGUCUGGACUCCGGGUGUGUAGGGGGUGGGAAACUGACCGCUCUUGAGUAUUUCUAUCAAGACGGCAGAUAUCAUAAUCAUUUGCAUCAUGUCAGAUGCAGACAAUACAUAUAG